CCGGUUUCAAAGUCGCAGGGCGGGCCGAGUGGACUUCCGCUGCUGGCCCGGGGCUUCCCUACCAUCUUGGCGUAGCCCCCUCGCUCCGUGAAGGAUGCCUCCUCCAGGCUGCCCGCCGGCUCACGUGGUGCACUCCUAGGUUGCAGGACAAGACCCCUAGGAAUCUACGGGACGCCUGUCGCCCCGCGUCCCUGUCCCACCUGGUGGGAUUCGGUUGAACGUGGAACAGAAUUCACUUGGCGCGUCCCUAUCAACCCUGGAAUCCGAAAUCUCUGGCCAGGGAGAGGGACAGGUCUGGGAGUCGGGAGAAGGCGGAGCGGCAGGGCUGCGGGCGCCGCGUGAAUGGGAUGCUGAUUACACCGCUUGACAGCCUCCGGAUCCUUGCUUAGUUUUGUUUUCCCGCAGAGCGAGCUCCGUGUUUUUCAGAAGCUAAAGAUAGUGAAAGCUCCAAAUUAAAACUGUCGAAAUGGCCACGGAAAUUGACUUUCUGAGAGAUCAAAAUCAAAGACUAAAUGAAGUUCUUAGGCGAUAUCAAAUGGAAAAUUUUUCCAAAUAUUCAUCUAUUCAGAAAGCUGUCUUCAAAGGAGAUGGAGAAGACAUGUUAGAAAACUCAGUAGUUGACCAAAGCUUUUUAGCCCCUCUUAUUACUGAGUAUGAUAAACAUCUAGAAGAGCUAAAUGCACAGCUAAAAUAUUACCAGAAACAGAUGGGAGAGAUGAAACUACAGCUUCAAAAUGUCAUCAAGGAAAAUGAAAGGUUGCAUGGUGAAUUAAAGGAUGCCAUUGAAAAGCAAUUGGAGGCCCUUCCCUUUGCUGCAGAGAUAGGAAAUGACAUAUAUAAAGAUGAGGAAACAGUUAAGAACCUUCAAGAACAAUUGCAACUAGCCAAUCAAGAAAAAACUCAGGCUAUAGAACUCUGGCAAACUGUUUCUCAGGAGCUGGACAGAUUGCAGAAACUUUAUCAGGAAUAUAUGACUGAGGCCCAAAUUCAUGUGUUUGAGAGUCAAAAACAAAAGGAUCAACUGACCAAUUUCCAACAGCUCACCAAACAACUUCAUGUUACUAAGGAGAACAUAGAAACGACUAACCAACACUUUCUGAAGACUAUGACUGAACAGAAUGUAGAAAUUGAACAACUCCGGAAACAACUUCGGAAAGCCAAGUUAGAUCUUAGAGUUGCAUCCGCAAAAGUGGAAGAGUUAACUAAAGUGACUGAAGAUCUUCAGGCACAGAUGCAAAAGAAGGAAGAAGAUAUGAUGUCUGCUCAAGGAAGAGAGGAAGCAUCAGACAGGCGCUUACAGCAGUUACAAUCUAGUAUAAAACAAUUAGAAACAAGAUUAUGUGUGUCAAUUGAAGAAGCCAACCAGUUAAGAGCAGAAAAGACACAUCUGGAAAAACAGACCAGAGAGCUACAAGCAAAGUGCAGUGAACUAGAAAAUGAGAACUAUGAAGCUAUUAUAAGAGCCAGAAAUAGCAUGCAACUCUUAGAAGAAGCUAACCUUCAAAAAAGUCAGGCUCUGCUUGAAGAGAAGCAAAAAGAAGAAGAUAUAGAGAAAAUGAAAGGAACAAUUUCACGACUUCUGCAAGAUGCUGCCCUGAGAACCAGUAAAGAAGUUACAAACACAAAAAAGCAAUAUAAUGUACAGAUUUCUCGGUUAACAGAAGAAAUUUCAGCUCUUCAAAUGGAGUGUGCUGAAAAACAAAGCCAAAUCGAACGAGUCAUUAAGGGGAAAAAAGCAGUGGAAGAAGAACUAGAAAAGAUCUACCGUGAAGGCAGAGUAAAUGAAAGUGAUUACAGAAAACUGGAGGAAAUGCACCAAAGGUGCCUGGUUGCCGAGCGUUCAAGAGAUGAUCUUCAGCUAAGACUUAAGAGAGCGGAAAAUAGGCUAAAACAACUUGAGAUGAAUUCCUCAGAAAAGAUAUCACGUUCCCAAGAAAUGAUUCAGAAACUUCAAAAUACGUUGGAAUCUGAGAGAGAAAGCUGUGGAUUUGUUAGUGAACAAAGACUGAAACUUCAGCAAGAAAAUGAACAGUUACAGAAAGAGACUGAAGAAUUAAGAAGGAUUGCUCUGGAUGCUCAAAAAAAAGCCAAAUUAAAGAUCAGUACAAUGGAAUAUGAAUUUUCUCUAAAGGAACGUGGAUUUGAAGUUCAGUUGAGAGAGAUGGAAGACAGUAAUCGAAAUUCCACUGCUGAACUAAGGCACCUCUUAGCAGCUCAACAGAAAGCAGCCAAUAGAUGGAAAGAGGAAACAAAGACACUUACUGAAAGUGCAGAAAUUAGAAUCAAUAAUCUAAAGAGUGAACUGAGUCGACAGAAACUUCACACCCAAGAGCUGCUUUCUCAGCUGGAAAUGGCAAAUGAAAAGGUAGUUGAGAAUGAAAAAUUAAUUCUAGAGCAUCAAGAAAAAGCCAACAGACUUCAAAGGCGCCUAAGUCAGGCGGAAGAGAGAGCUGCUUCAGCCUCCCAGCAGCUCAGUGUGAUUACAGUACAGAGAAGAAAAGCAGCCUCCAUGAUGAAUCUGGAAAGUAUUUAAAAAGUAUUCAUAGUUCACUAACAGAAUUUUAGAGUUGGGGAAGCUGUUGAACUAGAAGUGUAUCGAAACGGUAAAGCCUGCAGAGAAUGGUUAAGGCUUGUGUCAUUUUGCAUAAGAUUUUUCCAUUCUGUUUUGAGGUUUAUUGGAAAACAGAACAGUGACAGUUUCCUGUGAGUAAAGAAAAUAAAAUCCUCUGUUGAGCUUCAAUGGAGAAUAAAGCCAGCUGAGAAGAACUCGUUGCCUUCAUCAACCUGUCUAUUUUUUAACUUCCCUUUCUUUUCCCUUGAAGAACAUAAUUUUCUAACUGAUCAUAAGGAAGAGAUUUUUACAAAAAUGCUAGAAGUUAACAUUCCAGAUUCCAAUAUUUGGGAAUUUUAUACUUAAUUGUUAUUCCUAAUUCAUUUUUAAAGUUCCUAAGAAUCCA